AUGCAUCUACCAAACAACCACAACUUGGCAAAUAUGACGGAUGUGUACAAUUCCUUGCAGGAAACCCUCCAGGAAUAUCACGGAGAACUAGUUCAAACCGGAAGUCCCGCUAUUUUGUGCAGUGUUCUGCCGACACAUUGGAGAUCGAACAAGAGUUUGCCAAUAGCUUUUAAAGUCGUCGCCUUGGAUGAUGUACCAGAUGGAACAGUUGUUUCUUUGAAAGCAGGGAACGACGAAAAUUAUUGUGCGGAAUUGAGGAACUGCACCGCCGUCAUGAAAAAUCAAGUCGCGAAAUUCAAUGAUCUUCGAUUCGUGGGGCGGUCGGGAAGAGGGAAAAGUUUCACCCUCACCAUCACCAUCAGCAGUGCGCCCUGGUAUCAAAUGGCCACUUAUUCAAAAGCAAUCAAAGUCACCGUAGAUGGACCGAGAGAACCGCGCACAAAGUCAAGUUAUCAAUACGGAUAUGGACUGUCUGGGCUACCCGGAGGCUUUAACCCAUUUUUACUGAAUCCAGGGUGGCUAGAUGCAGCGUACAUGUCUUAUGCUUUCCCGGAUUAUCUUAGGCACAGAACGAACCCUAUAUCACCUCAAGCCAAUAUCCACCCAUCCCUAAUUAAAGGUCCUCAUUUGCCACCAAACGUCCAACCCGCCCACGACUUCUACAUCCAAUCUCCAUCAGCACCAGCAGGUCCAUUCCACCCAGCGUCGAACUUCUUACCAAAUUCCAUGGCUCCUUUUCCGCAGGACUUGGGGAAGGUGACCAACUAUGAAGUUAACUUAAGACCUAUGUUGCCAAAUCCCAUGGAACAGCUUAGUUUAAGAAUGUCUCCUGUUUCCAACAGUCAAAGCAUAAGUCCACAACUCUCCACCAGCGCUCAAGAAACGAGGAUACAUUCUACAGUUGAUCAAAGUUCGGCUUCGGAACAGUCUGACGACGAAGAUAUAGACGUGGUGAAAUCAGCUUUCGUGCCCAUAAAACCGGCUAGUGUUCUUUUACAAGAAAUUCAACAUCCUGACUCCACGGUUCAAGAUAAAGACCCAGUUUCGACGAAAUGUGACCUGAAAGCACCUAGUUCAAGAAGUCUUAAAAAUCUAACAGUGACACCUCCAAAAUCGCCAAAUACCAAAAUCCACUCCCCGCCAUCGAUAAACACGGCAAAGACGGUUUGGAGGCCUUAUUAG